AUGCAGCGUCUCAACUCCAACGACACGGCGGCCAGGAUGCUGUACUAUCCGGACGAUGCGCAUCUUCGCGGCGUCAACAAUGCCGCCCUGGCCAUGGCGACCAUCCAGCAGAAGCCGCGGAAAUGGAGCAAGAACAUGUGCAAGUUAUACUGGUGCAUUGCCGUCGCGACGCUCAAUUCCUGCAUCAACGGGUACGACGGCUCGCUGAUGGGCUCCAUCAACAGCUACAAACAAUACCGCGAGUACUUUGGCUUCGAUCCGGAAGACGGAACUCCCGAGACGGGCAUUGUGUACGCUAUCUAUACGAUUGGGAAUAUCGUGGGCUCGUUCUUCGCGGGUCCAUUCACUGAUUUCAAAGGCCGACGAGUGGGAAUGGCCCUCGGCGCCUUCUUCAUCAUCGUCGGCACCGUCGUCCAGGCCACCUGCUUCAACCUCGCCGGCUUCAUGGCCGGCCGCUUCAUCCUGGGCUUCGGCGUCGCCAUCUCCGCCACCGCAGGGCCGGCCUACGUCUCCGAGAUCGCGCAUCCGUCGUUCCGCGGAUCCCUGACGGGCUUGUACAACGUGCUGUGGUUUGCAGGCGGGAUUCCAGGGACGUUCAUCCCGUGGCGCACGAGCAUGAUCGAAGGCACGCAGAGCUGGCGCAUCCCCGUCUGGGUGCAGAUGGUGUUUGCGGGACUGAUCCUGCUACUGUGCUGGACAAUUCCAGAGAGCCCCCGAUGGCUGAUUUCCCGCGACAAACACGAAGAAGCCCUCCGCGUGCUGGCCACCUACCACGGCGACGGCGACCGCAACGCUCCUGUGGUGCAGCUCGAGUACCGUGAGAUGGUCGAGGAUAUCUCCAACAUCGGCUCCGACAAGCGCUGGUGGGAUUACCGCGAGCUGUUCAACACGCGCGAGGUGCGCUACCGCUCCAUGCUGGUUAUGCUUAUGGCCUUCUUCGGGCAGUGGUCCGGGAACGGCCCGGUCUCAUAUUACUAUCCACAGAUGCUUGCAGGCGCCGGCAUCACAUCCAACGAGACCCGGCUGCUCCUGCAGGGUCUGCAAAACGUCGUGCAGUUCGUCGGCGCGAUCAUCGGCGCGCUACUCACCGACCGCAUGGGCCGGCGGCCGCAGCUCCUCACCUCGACGGCGUUGAUGGUCGUGCUGUUCUCGAUCAUGCUGACGCUCAACGCGACGAACGUCGGGCAGGCGGCCGACGGGACGGCCGUGGCCAAGAGCGCGGUCGUGGCGCGCGCGCAGAUCGCCAUGAUCUUCCUCUUCGGGUUCGUCUACUCGGCGGGCUGGACGCCGAACCAGGCCAUGUAUCCCGUGGAGUGUCUGCGGUACGAGGCGCGGGCCAAGGGAAUGGGGAUGAACAAUUUCUUCGUCAACAUCGCCUCGUUCUACAAUACCUUUGUGACGGGGAUUGCGUUUACGCAGGCCGGCUGGAAGUACUACUUCCUGUUCAUCUUCUGGGAUAUGCUCGAGUUUGCGGCGAUUUACUUCCUGUUUGUGGAGACGAGUCGGCGCACGCUGGAGGAGUUGACGGCCAUCUUCCAGUCGAAGAAUCCCGUCAAGGCGUCGUUGAUGCGCGACGAGCUGUUGAUUCCCGAGGUUGAUGCGGGAGUCGAGAUGAAGAGGAAGGAUUGUCAUCGGAAGUAUGACGAUUAG